AUGGAUCCGGGAUCAGGCCUUAACCAGAGCUCGAAAGACCCCGAAGCAACAUGGAAUGAUAUUAAGCCGGGUCUGGACAAUGCUCUGAAAUACCAUUUUGUAGGAUGGCUACGAGCUUCCACUGCGGACGAAGCGUUCGAUAAGUUCUGUACCCAGGACCCUAAGGGAGGUCAAGCUGGAGAACCAAGGGAGAUCUACAAUCUUCUCAACCUACAUCUCAAGACGCAUCUCGAGGAAGUUUGGAAGCCACCGCACAAUAUCGAAACAGCGACCAAUGACACAUAUGACAAUGCAACAAAGAGCGUUGGAGGCAAUAAAACCGAUGGAGGCCCUGGAGCAGAGGAACAGGAAGCUAUCCGUGACCUUGGUUGCGAUACCGACGAGGUAUUCCUCGAAUAUUAUGAUCGUAGCUGGCAAGAUUACGAGGAUGCCAUGACAUAUGUUCGGCUCCUAUUUGAUCAGCUUCUCAUUCUGCGUUGGAGAGAGGCAUUGCCCCAGAAAUUCCAGGAAAGGCUCAAAACGCUGUUGUUCAAUCUCAUCCAGGCACAUCGCAACCAUACAAAGAUCCGGCGGGUUGAAGAGCCUGACGAUACCCAGCAACUACACGAGGCCGGGCUCGAUAUUCAAGUACUUCUGACUAAUGCGGAAAUCAAUCGUCUUCCACUUAUCAAGUCUAAGAGCGAUUUCGAAGAUCCACACAUCAAAUCGAUCAUCAGCUAUUACGAAGAUGAAGUCGCCGCUAUUCACGCCAAAAGCGAUUCCUUGGAAAAGGUACAUUGGUUCCUCAAUCGACUCAGUGUGGAGAAAGACAUCCUUCCAGACACAGCUUCGAAACCGAUCCUGCUGCCAGUCCUCAUGCAAUGCCACGAGACUUUUCGCUUUUCUGAAAUUUGGAACUAUUAUACGAGUCGGCCCUACUUCACGAACCCAUUUGGUGGGUCCCAAAAGUUUAUGGAGAAGGUUGGUCUUCGGGAUCACGACGACAUGGUCAAUAUCCUUACUGGAAAUAAGAGUGCUCUGAAUAAUGCUGACAGUAAGAAACGUACAGCAUUGCAUUGUGCAGUACUAGCCAACAACUUGACAUUGAUCAAUUCCCUUCUCAAGUUAGGUGCAUGGCCGGGCGCACAAGACCACAGAGGCCAGACUCCGGGACACCUGGCAGUGGUUUCCAAGAGCCUGCUCCCCUUGAACGCACUGUUAAAGCACUCUGCCUGUUGCUCCGUCUGCAACAAUGAGAGAAAACUGAUCAGUGAGCUGAUCCGUGACCUCAUAGAUUCUCAGGGAGGAUCAGACCCUAGCUGGGAAAAAGCCCAGAAGUUAGCAAUGGAGCUGCAACAAGAUGCCUGGCUCUUUGACACACACUUGGAUGACCAAGAUAUCGAACAGGAGUUUCAGCCAACAGUGGUGGCUUAUCAGUACGGCCUAUGGAAGACCUCGAAAAUAUCCUCUCUUGGAGACCUGCUCAGCUCGGAAGACGUAUAUGCGGCCCACAUGAAGAAAGACGCAGCCAUUAAAUGGCUCCAUCUUCCGACGAACAAUAUGCGAUGGAUCGAAAUGCCAUACGUUUAUUGGGAGUACACCGAAACAUUCGAAUCGAUGUCUCGAUACGCAUCAGCAUGUGUCACACAAUCCGAACCGGUUGACACGACGGGGAGUUCUAUCUACGGUAUCAGUCUGCCGCAUCAACAGCUUAUGAGGCUUUACAUGCGCUCUGGUACAGACAAAUUUGGCCGUAGUCUUGCUCGUCAACUCCAUCUGCGGCGCAGUCUCGAUCAGUACUGCUACCAUGCUUUGCCGAAUACGAGUUAUGGAGACAAAGAUCAGCUCGUCAGCCGGAUGCACGCGAAAGGAACUUUGAGCCAGAACUUCCCGGGACGCCUGAGCAAGGGUCAGCUCGAUGACAUUCCUGACAAAACCGAUGUUCUUGAAAACGUCAAGGGAGAUCCCUCGCAAAUCGAGACGCAUUACGAACUGGCCAGCAGAAUCGUAUACAACUGUCUGACGUCCUGCUUGGACCCAGGUACCAAUGACGCAACGAAUCUGCAGUUCUUAGAGUUUUACGACACAGAGAUUGGACGUAUCGCAGAUAGGGAGACGACUCUUUUCAGAGAAUUUAGUCUAGAAGUUAAUAAACAAAGAAAGGAAGAUGAGCCAACUGCCAGCACCGACGGAAACGAGAUAUUAAGUCAAUACGAAGUCGACAUCCCUGGACCACGGAUCAAAACCCGUGAGGUAGCACAUGAGAUUGAGUUGCUGGAGCAGAUCAAAGACAUUCAGGAUGAGCUGCAUGCCCUCGGGCGAGUCAUCGGGGACCAGAAGACUGUUGUCAAUUCACUCGACCAGGUCAAUUCAUCUACAGAACCUGAUGCAUCCAAAGAGCCAAAUCGACCUAAAUCAAAGCCUCCCAAGAAGCACAGUACACCCUCAAAGCACUCUUCGAAGUCAUGGCAUUCGGUAAUCCGCUACGAGGAGCAGGUCAAAAACAUGACCAUACAUGCAGAUCGGACGUACGACGCUCUUUCCAAGUUGGUCGAUCUUAAGCAGAAAUUCGCAAACGUCCAAGAAGCGCGAAUCGCGCGCAAGCAGGCAGAAGCAACUCUGUUCCAGGCAAGAGAGACAGCCAAACAAGGCGAAAUCGCGCAGAGGCACGCCAAGGAGACCGCGGCACAGGGUAAAGAAGCUGCCAGUCAAGGCAGAACAUUGAUGGUCUUCACCAUCCUCCUACUUUCAUUCAUGACCUCCUUUUUUGCGCUCCAAAUAGAUGAGUUCCCGUGGAUCGACGUCGCUGACGGUUGGCUGUCUUUAAAUUGGCUGUCGAGUAUUAUGUUUCCGGUAUCCUUUGGUUUCAGUAUUCUACUGAUGGCGAUCGCGUGGAAUAUUGAUACCAUCUCAAACUUCUUCGCGCCCAAGUAUCGCACGCUUACUGCAGCCUUGCGCAGAAAGCUAGGCGACAGAAUGUUCUGGAGGCAGGGCAAUGUGAACAAACUCAUCACCAAUGCGCAUGCCAUGACGUUCGUGGAAGAGGUCAAUGAUGCACUGAACUCUAGCAGAAAACUGCGUUGGCCAUUGCACUACGGCCGCGCUUCCAGAUCACACGUGCCUCCCUUUGAUCGAGAAGCACCUCCCUGCAACCAGUAUCAACAACCUAUCGAAAGAGGUCCGCCGAUAUUCGUUGUCAAUCCCGUCAAAUGCGCUUCCCAGCCCAGCGAAAAUGUGUGUCUCGCCUCGAACAACGACGCACGUCUCGCAUCACGCGUUGCCCUUGACAAUCGGUUUGCCCCCAAUGGCAUCAUUGGCGCUCAAGAUGGAACAGACGUUUAA